UCGCUAUUUCAAAUUCAAUUUCAAUUUCAAAAUUUCUCUAUUCAACAACGUUCGUCAUUUUCACCCUACUUUCUCUCUCCAUAUUAGGUCAUUUCUCUCUCCUCUAUUACUCACCCUGAAUCUCCAUUAGCUCAAGUUUCUUCUUUACCCCAAUUUCACCAUCCCUAAUUUUCUUCGAUGUUCUUCUUCUUCUUCGUUUCCUUGAGGAAUUUACCCUAACUUUUGCGCAAUCUGAAAAUUGGUUUUUAAUUUCUAGGUUUUAAUAAAAUGGAGAUUAACGGUGAAGGUAAGAGUUCAUCAACGCAUGAUAAAGAAUGUGUGCGUGUCGCUGUCAAUGUACGGCCAUUGAUCACUUCGGAGCUUCUUCUAGGUUGCACCGAUUGCAUUACCGUUUUUCCCGGUGAACCUCAGGUGCAAAUUGGGUCUCAUGCGUUCACAUUUGACUAUGUUUUUGGAAGUGGAGGAAUUCCUUGUGCGAGAAUUUUUGAUGAAUGUGUUGCGCCUUUAAUUGAUGCUUUAUUCAAAGGUUACAACGGUACCGUUCUUGCUUAUGGUCAGACGGGUUCCGGGAAGACAUACACCAUGGGAACAAAUUAUAGUGGUGGAGAUACAGCAGAGGGAAUAAUCCCAAAAGUCAUGCACACAAUUUUUUCUCGGGUUGAGUCAAUGAGAGGUUCGACCGAGUUCCUUAUUCGAGUGUCCUUUAUUGAGAUCUUCAAAGAGGAAGUUUUUGAUCUUCUUGAAGCAGCAAAGUCCACUGGACCUUCUAGAGCUCCAAUACAAAUUAGAGAAACAGUUAAUGGUGGCAUUACGUUAGCUGGUGUUACAGAGGCAGAAGUAAGGUCAAAAGAAGAGAUGGCAACGUAUUUGACACGUGGUUCUGUUGCUCGUGCCACUGGUAGCACUAACAUGAACAGCCAAUCAAGUCGAUCCCAUGCUAUUUUUACAAUAGCAAUGGAACAAAAAAAGAUUGUGCCAAAUGGUGAAAUAAGUGAAGACAUAUUAAGUGCGAAGCUUCACUUGGUUGAUCUUGCUGGUUCUGAACGGGCCAAACGAACAGGGGCAGAUGGAAUGCGUUUGAAGGAAGGAAUUCACAUCAACAAGGGACUUCUAGCUCUUGGUAAUGUAAUCAGUGCCCUUGGAGAUGAAAAGAAAAGGAAAGAAGGAGGACACGUACCAUACCGAGACAGCAAGCUCACACGACUAUUACAGGAUUCAUUGGGAGGAAAUAGCAAAACCGUAAUGAUUGCGUGUGUUAGCCCUGCUGAUACCAAUGCAGAGGAAACUCUAAAUACCCUGAAGUACGCAAAUCGUACUCGUAAUAUUCAAAAUAAGGCAGUUGUAAAUCGUGAUCCAAUUGCUGCUCAGAUGCAAAAAAUGCGGGGUCAAAUUGAGCAGCUUCAGGCAGAGCUGCUUUAUUACCGUGGUGAUUCUAGCGUCUCUUUUGAAGAGCUUCAGAUUUUGAAGCACAAAAUAUCAUUACUUGAAGAGAGUAAUGCUGAGCUACAACGCGAACUUCAAGAACGGCGCAUUAGUUGUGAGCAUUUAGCUCAGCGUGCUCGUGAUGCACAGGUUGAAAAGGACCAACUGAUUAUUAAACUUGAAGCAGCUAGGAAUGGAAAGCCAUGGGAUGAGAUUGAGCCUUUGGGGAAUCAGGAAAUUGAUUUGGUCAAGAGUUAUGUGUCAAAGAUCCAAGAAUUGGAGCAAGAGUUGGUGCGACUCCAACAUUUGAGCAGAAUGAAGCGCGAUGGUUUUCAUGAUUUUGACUCAGAUGAUGACGCUCUACCCUCAAAGAAUGAUUACCUAGCCAACCUCAGUGAGCUUUCGUCUGAAUCUGAUACAAAGGAGAUGGCAGGUGUUGACAUUGAAGAGAAGGAGUUAGAGCAUUCCUCUUUACAAGAAAGAUUAGACAUGGAAUUAAAAGAAUUAGACAGGAAACUACAACAGAAGGAGGCUGAAAUGAAGCGCGUUGCUGGUUCUGAUACGUCAGUUCUUAAGCAGCAUUAUGAAAAGAAAGUUUUUGAAUUGGAACAUGAAAAGAAGGCCUUGCAGAAAGAGAUUGAGGACCUGAAGCAUAAACUUGGUAGUAUUUCGUCAACCUCUGGUGACGGUGCUCAAAAACUCAAAGAAGAAUACCUUCAGAAGCUAAAUGUACUCGAAUCACAGGUUUCUGAGCUAAAAAAGAAACAAGAAGCUCAAGCUCAAAUUCUAAGACAAAAGCAAAAGAGUGAUGAUGCAGCAAAGAGGUUGCAGGAUGAGAUACAGCGAAUAAAAUCACAGAAGGUUCAAUUACAAAACAAAAUUAAGCAAGAAUCUGAACAGUUUAGAUUGUGGAAGGCAUCGCGGGAAAAAGAAGUGCUCCAGCUUAAGAAAGAGGGAAGGAGGAAUGAGUACGAGAUGCACAAACUGUUGGCACUGAAUCAGAGGCAAAAGAUGGUUUUGCAGCGGAAGACUGAAGAGGCAUCUAUGGCAACAAAGCGAUUAAAGGAGCUCCUUGAGUCUCGAAAGGCUGCUUCUCGAGAAGGAUUUGCUGCCGGCAUUGCCAAUGGACCUGGAGCACAGGCUCUGAUGCAUGGAAUUGAGCAUGAACUUGAGGUUACAGUACGUGUGCAUGAAGUUCGCUCCCAAUAUGAGCGCCAAAUGGAAGAGAGGACCAAAAUGGCUCAAGAGAUUGCAAGGCUGAAAGAAGAAGCUGUAAUGCUAAAACAGAAUAAUUUGAGUGAAUGUCCUGAAAGCAUGUCUCCUGGUGCAAGAAACUCAAGGAUUUUUGCACUUGAAAAUAUGCUUGCAACUUCUUCUAGCACCUUGGUCUCAAUGGCAUCUCAACUAUCAGAGGCAGAAGAACGUGAACGUGUCUUUAGUGGUAGAGGACGCUGGAACCAAGUUCGCUCUCUUGCUGAAGCAAAAAAUUUGAUGAACUUUCUAUUUAAUUUGGCGUCAUCCUCCAGAUGCAUGGUACGCGAUAGAGAACUUGACUGUAGAGAGAAGGAUUCUGAGAUAAAGGAUUUGAAAGAGAAGGUUGUUAAGCUCAAUGGUUGUGUUAAACAACUGGAGAAACAAAAUUCAGAACUUAAGCAGCAGUUGCAGCACGUACAAUCAGUCUAUGGUGAAAUCCGUACGUAUGACUUGCGUCAGGGUCCAAGAAGCUCUGGUUUUUUUAAGUUUCCUGGUAAUAGUUUAGAGCUAUUGGAGGACAUGGAUACCUCUGAUUCGGAGCAUUCUCAAUCUGGCGAGGAGUCUGCGGAUGAUGAAUGGGUACAUCCCAUGUUUAUUGGAAAGAAAAGGAACGCCAGGAAGGGAGGUCGUUCAGGUUCCGAGUCUCAAUCAUUAGAAACUGAUGGUAGUGAAAGUCUGAAAAGAGAGGAUUCAGUUGAUACAGUCAGUUCAGGUAAAGAGAAGUCCAUACAUGGCCUCUGCUGUUCAUGUAGCAAACAAUCAUUUUGCAAGACCAUGAAGUGUGAAUGCCGUGCGGUUGGAGGAAACUGCUCCGAAUCCUGUGGCUGCUCCUCCAAUAAAUGUAGUAAUAGAGAAGACCAGAAGGUUAAUGUGGAAGAGCAAGACACAGGGAGUAAAAAGAAUGGCAUACUUCCCGAUGAAGUUGAGCAUGCUCAAGAUCUUGCUUCCCAAGGUGCAACUUUACUUCGAAGCGCACUAGCUGACAUGCCAGCUGAACAACGUGAAGAAAAUUGUGGUUCAAGGAAGCCUUUGGCUGACAUUGGGAAUACAACGAGCAAAUUAAAUGCUCCAAAGCCAAACAAGCGGAAAACGUGGAGGAAAUCAACAAUUCAGCUAGUCCCCGCAGCCCCAGCUUCGGGCCAAGCUGAGAAUCAAUCUGUAAAGGAGAGUAAUGCUGUCGAGAAUAAUGUAGAAGCAAAGCCAGAGAGCAGUACAGCUGAAACGAACAUCCCUUUGAAGUUACCAAGGGCAAUGCGAUCUGCUUCAUCAAACAUCAGUAAUCCUUUGAGAGUGAAGAAUUCAGAACAUGGAGAAGAACCUGUUGUACAGAAAGAGUCUGGUGAACCUGCUCGGAGAAGUCCUCUACGCAGACCAAAGAAAACCGAGGAAAAAGAAAAUUUUAAUCAUUAAUGUUAAAGUGGUGAUCUCUUUAUAUAGGAAUUCUGUAGAGCCUUUGAUAGUUGAAGCCAUCUUGAGCCCACUUGGAGAGAUUUAGACGAGGAUUGAUCGAUCCUUGAUUCAUUGGGGACUUGGGGACUUGGUAUCAUUGAUUGAUCCUCAAUUUAUUGGUAUCAUUCAUGGGGAAUUUGGGUAGGGGUUAAGAGGCAUCGUGUAUUUCUUCAAUUUGUUUACCAUCGCGUUAACUGGUGUGACCUUUAGUUUUCUUGAGGUUUUUAGACCCCUAACUGUGCUGUAUGUAAGAGAUUAGUUCAAGAAGCAGAUAAAUAUAGGUGCUGCUUUGUUUUAAUUACCACAAAUUGUUUGAUUACCACCAAAAUUUGUUUUAUUUUUGUAAGAUUUUUGCAUAUGGUAGCAUCCUGUUAGAUUCUUGUAUAUUUCUUUUUAAUUCACUAUUUUAACGUUUCUACCCUUAUGA